AUGGCAAAAUCCAUCUUCAUCACUGGCUGCUCCUCCGGCGGCAUCGGCUCCGCCCUCGCCCGCGAAUUCCACUCCUGCGGCCACCACGUCAUGGCCUCGGGUCGCACCGCCUCCGAGAUCGACCCGGCUCUGUCCCCGCUCGGCAUCACCACCCUCAUCCUCGACGUUACGUCUUCCGAGUCCAUCGACUCGGCUGCUCGACGGGUCAAGUCUGAGACGGGUGGUUGUCUCGAUAUGCUUGUCAACACGCUGGUCUCAUUCAUACGGUUGUUUGAUGUUAAUGUUUUUGCUAUAUGGGGUGUCACACAAGCUUUUCUUCCACUGCUUUUAGAGGCUAAGGGUGUGGUGGUUAACAUUGGGAGCAUCAACGCUGGAUUAUGUCCACCUCUUUUCGGAGCGUACAACGCUAGCAAGGCAGCCGUCGAAGCACUCAGUCGCACCAUGAGGAGAGAACUCGCUCCUAUAGGCGUCCGUGUGGUUACAGUAAAAACAGGCAGUGUCCGAAGCACCUUAUUCGACCACGCGGAGGGCAUCACGAUUCCGGAUAAGAGCAUCUAUGCGCCGCUGAGGGAAUGGGUUGCUCGACGGGGGUAUCUUCAGGGAGCGAGGUUUGUCGAGUUGGAUGACUAUGCGAGGGAUGUCGUGGGUGAUUUACUACGAGAGGAUGUCAAGCCUGUUAUUUGGAGAGGAUUGGCAGUUUAUCAAGGGAUAUGGACUUGA